AUGACUGGCCACAAGACUUUAUAUACAGAUGGAAUUGCUGAUCCUGAUUCUAGGCUGACCAGCUCGAAAAGUCGAAAAGCACUGAAAAAUGUGAAGGUGACAUUUGCUGGAAGCAUAAAUGGAUACGAAUUAUUUAUACGCGUUAUUGAACAUGGCCACACGCAUCAGACGUAUUGUUAUCUUUAUGGCCUGGCACCUAGACAUAGGUCAUGCCGAUUAAUGAAUUCAGCCAUCCCAGGGGAACAUCUCAAGCAAACAAGAGCCAAGGAUCCAUCAUCUCGCCGAAGCAAAGAUGCGAGUUGUGAUAUCAGAGCGAUAGUAAUAGUUACUGCCCAGAGGCCGAAAUCAAAGCGAACAAGGGCAAAAAUGACCAUGGGUAACAAACUCAAAAGAAGUCUACAAUGA